ACAGUGCAUGCUCAAGAUGCAGGACAAUACAAGAUUUCAUGCAUGUUUAAGAUCAUGAUUUAGGAAAACUACUGUAAAUUGGUCAGUAAUGUAGAUCUGUAGAUGCCUCGAACAACAAAAACAUCCUCAUAAUUUCACAUAUCAAUAAAUUUGUUCAAACUUUGCUUCAUUUUCCCGCUUCAUAUGUAAACCUAUCUGAGUGUGUCCCUUGCAGGCUCCUGUACCGCUGGACAUGCCUGAGGACAUUUGAGGAGCAGCUGGUCUCUGUCUAUUUCUGUCCCGGGCCUGAAGAGCUACAGUGGGUCAGUCUGUGGACACUGUCAAACUUCAGUAAAAAUCAGCGAGAGAAUGGCCUUCCUCUGAAUGAACCAGUGUAAUUCCUUUGGUGACUUUUUCAAAACAUCGACCUCCUCAUGGACCUGUUUGAGAUCCGUGGGGGGCGACUGGACGUGAUCGAAGAAGAGUCAGAGCAUCCAGACUUCAGCCGAGAGUCCUUCCACAUGGAGGGUCCUGGUGUGGGGGGGCAGGGCGGAGGAGCCGCCCAGGGCCACAGGGGGACGCUGCAGCGAUUCUCUGUGGACACAAACGAUUCACUACGAUUUGAAGCCUGUGAUACUCCAUCUCCAACCAGGGCGGACGACGGGCAGGAUGAUGUGUUCAAAGACGUGGAGAAUGAAAAUGAUGAGAUCCGUAACAAGCUCCAGGAAAAAGUUACAGAGAUGGAGAACUUUGCCGGACAUUUGGAGGAAAUCUUUCUCACUGUGGAGGAGAACUUUGGCCGUCGGGAGCAGCACCUGGAGCAGCAUUAUAAUGAUGUUCUUCAGACUCUGUCUCAGAGAUACGACGACAGAGCGGCCGCUCUGGAGGAUGAGAAGAAGUCCAAACUGGAGGCUCUGUACAGACAGCUGUUGGACUGUGGUCGAGCGCUGGACUCCUCCAAAGAGCUGAUCGAGAGUGCGCAGGAAGUGCACCGUUGUCAUGACAAGAGGCUGUUUCUCAAGAUGGUGAUGCCCACAAUCAAGAGGAUAGAAGACUUUGCUAAAGAGGACAUGGACCUGACCCUCUCCACGUCUCUGGAGUUCUCCACACCGCUCUCAGAUCUGUCUGAUGUUAAAACCAUGAUGGACUCCAUCAACGUCGUCCCAGCUCCGUCCGCUCCGGUCAUAAACCCUCAGAGUCCAAACUCAGCCUCUCAGACAUCUCUGCGUGUUUGCUGGAGCCUGUUUUCAGACGACACAGUGGAGUAUUAUGAGCUCUACUACCGCCCUGUCUUGGAGGACUGCCCCUCCAACGACUCCUCUGCCCCCCCAGUGAAUAAAGUGAAAGUGAAGGAGACUCACUGCACUGUGUCAGAGCUGCUGCCAAACGCUCAAUACGAACUCUGGGUCACGGCCACCAACACGACCGGAAUCAGCCCGGCCAGCGAGAAAGCCCUCUACAUGACCGUGCCCUGUCCUCCCGUCCUGAACCAGAGGGGGUACCUGAGCUGCCCCGAAGCCGCUCUGAUCCGCUGGGAGUCAGGCAACACAAACCCGGUCGACUCGUACACCGUGGAGAUCAGAGAACUGACCAGAGACGGAUUGGAGAGUGACGUCAAAGAGUCCAUCGUGGCCGUCCCCUCCUGUCAGUGUCUGGUGCAGCUGCAGCCGGGACAGUCGUACGUGAUCUCAGUCCGAGCUGUGAACAUCGGGGGUCCCAGUGAGAGGAGCCGGGGUCUCACUGUCCACACCACAGGUACUUACUUCAGUCUGUUGGAGGAGUCGUCCCAUCAGUGCCUAUGCUUCUCUGAGGACAUGCUCACCAUCACUUAUGGGUAUGAGGACCCGCCCAUCAGCGCCAUGGCCUUCGAUGACACAGGAUUUACCAGGUGUGUGGCGGUUCUGGGGGACCUGAUCCCGGUCCGAGGGCUUCAUUACUGGGAAGUGGAGGUGGAUGAUGAGACGGAGUACAGAGUGGGCGUGGCCUGUGAAGACACAGACAGGAACUCUUAUCUAGGCGCCAACAGCACGUCCUGGUGCAUGAGACACAUCCUCACCCCAACACGACAUAAAUAUGAAUUUCUUCACAACGGCUGGAGUCCAGACUUAAGAAUCACGGUGAACCCAGUCCGGAUCGGAGUGGUCCUGGAUUACGACCAUGGGACCCUCUCUUUCUACAACGCUGACCUCAAGCAGCACCUCCAUACUUUCUACUGUCACUUCAGCAGCUUUGUGCACCCGUGUUUUGGGCUGGACAACCCCGGCGAGCUCACCAUCCACAACGGGAUAGAGACCCCAAAGUUCACCUUCAUCUGAGAGGACUGUUAAUGCUACUGAUCUACAGGACAUCACUUAACUAUGUUUUAAUCAUAGUGUAUGGUUUUAAUACAUAUUUGUAUAGUACUUUCAAUGACACUCAGAUACAUUUUAUUUAAGCAAAAUGUCAAUAGUUUCUAGAAGCGUUUACGUCAGAUAUCUGGCCUCAUACUGAAUCAGUGCAAUCAGAAUUACAAAUAAAUUAUGUCUUGUCCCAGAUAAGACUUCAGAUCCAGGCUGAUGGUGGAUCUGCAUUUGGUGUUGGAACGCUUUAACGAAUGACACUGGAUGAUCUUAAGCUGAAUUUGAAAAACACAAGAUAAAAGAAUUUGUAAUAAAAAUUAUUUUAAAA